GACCUUCGUUUAAUACAUUUGGUGAACUUUGUAGAACUUCCGUAAUUUGAUCCAUUAAGCAUGGCGUUUUGUCGCCGGAUCGAAGACUAUAUGUUUUAGUUCAAGUACGGAGGGCCAUCGAAAAUGACAUGCGCAUUUUGUUCGUAGUUUACCAGUGCGUGAUUGCGCCGCAAGGACUCUGUAUACUAAUUAUAAAAGCUACUUUAAAAUCGAUUUUACAUAUCUUAAAAGGACUAAUUACGUUUGCCAAUAAUUUAUUGUACAUAUUCGGUAUUCAUGAAGGCACGGACAUUUAAGAACGUUUGUCAUUUUAAACCGAAAUAGGAAUAUUUAACAUCGGAUUUACCAACUAUAGCCAGAUGCGGGGUUCACACUGAUAAGAGAAUGACAUCUUAACGCAUGAAUAUUGACGAAGUCAGGUCCUGGACUAAACUGCCUAUGUUAGCAGUACUGUCGGCGAUUUUCGUCGUCGCCGGGGUCGGUGGAGUCCCGCCGACGGAAAACGCCCUCUUGGUCCAAGUUUUGGAUGCAGUUCAGAGGACGUUGAACUUUUUUGCCGAGGAUUACAGUGCCAUAAACGUGGAUGGAUUAUUUGGAUUACGACUCGGGCAAGGCCAGAUGCGAGAGGCUGUGCGGGAGUGCCGGGUACGCACGUGUGACGCGCCCCUGUUGCGGCGGCUUACGGACAUGGAGGCGCUGCUUAAUAACGCAAGUGACUCCGCCUUGCCCUACCUUGAGGCUGAAGACCCUGCUUACUUCACAAGAUUCCACGCUACCAUCGAUCAGCCGUACGUGCUGCCAUAUCAAGGGGAACUGGUAGAAGCGGCUUUCGACACCGGGGUAGAAGAAGAUCUCAAAGAGAAAAGCAACACCGGGGCGAAGGUCGAUCACAAAGAAAUGGGUGACACCGGGGCAAUAGUCGGUACAAACGAAAACUACAACGAGGAAGCUGGAGACGCCUGCUAUGCCCGGAUGUUGGGCUCGUACCAGGAAAACGAAAAGACGUUGCCACGCUGCAAUAUAACGACCAAUUGCUGGAAGUAUAUGACACAGGACGACACGGCCGCUUACUUCAUCACGCACCAGCUCCUGUACUUCAUAAUGACCGAACACGUGGGGUGCAAAGGGCAAUUGGAAGCGUUCACGCAAGGACGGAAGAUCAGAGAAAUCCAACAUAAAUUCUGCAGAAAAAUCUACCAGGAAUCCAAACAACUGUCAUCCACAGGAAAAGUCAAGAACUACCGGAGAGACCUCUUCCUCGAGCAAACUGUGCUCUGUGGUCCCCUGGGUUUCGAGAAUUUCUAUCGCUCCGACUGGAUACGGAUGGUUCUCAGCUGGCCGGACAAGCGACUUGGGUGUUUCCGGCAACAUUCAGUUGAUGACGAUCUCAAAGCAUUAAUGGGCGAUCUUGCGGCUACAGUGCAAAGCGGACACCAAAGACGCAACACACACCCGAGCUCUUAUGAAACAACCAAAGAUGUUACCAUGCGAAGACUUCUAAGGGAAAAGCAGAUGAAAGACGGCUGUCUGUCGCACACCUCGGGACUGGGCUUCGGUGUGUUAUGCUCAUAUCUGCGAUUUCUAGUCAGACACUUGUACACUAGUUCACAUAUGUAGCAAUGCAAGUAAAGUCGUUAAAACAGUGUUUGUGUGUAUUUUGUGGCAAAAUUAAAGUGAUUUUUAAUCAACACAGCGACUUCUAUGAUCAUGACGGAUACCUACAUGUACGCAUUCUAUUAUUAAAUAUACCGGCAUUAGUAUUACAUCUUACAAGAUGAUUUGUGAAAAUCGAACAUGAAAGAAACAACGACAGCAAUUACAUGUUAUUUUAAUGAACAUCUCAACUUUGCCAUAUAGUGACAUAAAAGCCCGUGAUAAAGUUAA